AUGGCUCACAUAAGAAUACUAAGACGAUUGUUUAAGAAACUGUUUUCCCACUGGAAGCUUUGGAAGUUUAGCAUUGUUGUUUUUGUUUUUCUAGUAUUUUUGUUUUUGUUACAAAGAGAAGUAGGUGUUCAAGACGCUGAACAUGAACCAGGGAUUGAACCAAUUGUGGGAAAGAAAAGUGAUGUACUAGGUUUCAUGUUAAAUGCUGUGAACAAUAUUAAAGGUGCAAAGCCAAAAAUGCAGAUAAAAGCACCUGUUAGGCAAACCAAUAUUCCUGGAGAGAGACACUGUUUGCCAGGACAUUAUACACUAGGAGAACUGAAACCUUUCUUAGAGCGACCUCCUCAGGACCCCAAUGCCCCUGGAGCUUCUGGUAAAGCAUUCAAAGCUAUCAAUUUAAGCCCAGAAGAGGAGAAGGAGAAGGCGCAUGGGGAUGAAAAACACUGUUUUAAUGCUUUUGCAAGUGACAGAAUUUCUUUGCACCGGGAUCUUGGACCAGACACUCGACCUCCUGAAUGUAUUGAGCAAAAAUUUAAACGUUGCCCACCACUGCCUACUACAAGUAUCAUAAUAGUUUUUCACAAUGAAGCAUGGUCUACUCUGCUAAGAACUGUUCACAGUGUGAUGUAUACUUCCCCUGCCAUACUCCUAAAAGAAGUUAUUUUGGUGGAUGAUGCCAGUGUAGAUGAAUACUUGCAUGAUAAACUAGAUGAAUACGUGAAACAAUUUCAAAUAGUUAAGGUAGUCCGACAAAAGGAAAGAAAAGGUCUAAUCACUGCAAGAUUAUUAGGAGCUUCAGUAGCAACAGGAGAGACGCUCACUUUUUUGGAUGCACAUUGUGAAUGUUUUUAUGGCUGGUUAGAGCCAUUGUUGGCACGAAUAGCUGAGAACUACACUGCUGUUGUAAGCCCUGAUAUUGCAUCCAUAGAUCUUAAUACUUUUGAAUUCAGCAAGCCUUCUCCUUAUGGACAUAACCAUAACAGAGGAAAUUUUGACUGGAGUUUAUCAUUUGGAUGGGAAUCUCUUCCUGAACAUGAAAAUAAAAGAAGAAAAGAUGAAACCUAUCCAAUUAGAACACCUACUUUUGCUGGAGGUCUUUUUUCAAUAUCGAAAGACUAUUUUGAAUAUAUUGGAAGCUAUGAUGAAGAAAUGGAAAUAUGGGGAGGUGAAAAUAUAGAAAUGUCUUUCAGAGUAUGGCAAUGUGGUGGACAAUUGGAGAUCAUGCCUUGCUCUGUUGUUGGCCAUGUCUUUCGCAGCAAGAGCCCCCAUACUUUUCCAAAAGGCACUCAAGUGAUCACACGUAAUCAAGUUCGCCUUGCAGAAGUCUGGAUGGAUGAAUAUAAAGAAAUAUUUUACCGGAGAAACAUAGAAGCAGCAAAAAUUGUGAAACAAAGCACAUUUGGAGACAUCUCAAAAAGACUUCAUUUAAGGCAGCGGCUACAGUGUAAAAAUUUUACUUGGUAUCUAAAUAAUGUUUAUCCUGAGGCAUAUGUACCAGACCUGAAUCCUCCAUUAUCUGGAUUUUUAAAAAAUGUAGGUAGACGUCUAUGUCUAGAUGUUGGCGAAAAUAACCAUGGUGGCAAACCAUUGAUUAUGUAUACCUGUCAUGGACUUGGGGGAAACCAGUACUUUGAAUACUCUGAACACUCUGAGAUUCGACAUAACAUUCAGAAGGAGCUCUGUCUGUAUGCUUCUCAAGGACCAGUGCAGCUUCGGGUCUGUAACUACAAAGGUCAAAAAACAUUCACCCCUGGAGAAGAGAAGUGGGAACUUCGAAAGGAUCAACUGUUGUAUAAUGCAGCAUUAAAUACGUGCCUAACGGGAAACGGAGAACAUCCAAGUUUGGUAUCAUGUAAUCCAUCAGAUCUAUUCCAAAAAUGGGUUUUUGGCCAAAACAAUUAA